AUGUCGCUGGGCCGUUUCCAUGCUCUGAUCCGAACACACCACAUCACGUCGCGCAAGAAGGUUGCAGUCCUCCGCAAAGCCGCCGACCACUUUUCGGUCUUUGCCAUGCUGCGCGUCGGCGGUAGCCCCGGCAUCAUGUACUGCAAGGGCAGCGAGGACCGAGUGAGGGGCUGGGUCGCCGCCGUUCAUAGACUGCGAUACAAGGACUUCCGCGUGAUAUCCCCGCCGGAGCCGGUAGGCACCCUAUCCGCCCUCGCCGAGGACAAGCCGGGGCUCGUCGAGGUCGCCGACGUGAACGACUUUGCUGCCGCCAUGGAUCAAAGGGCGCUCUCUAGCUGGUGGAAAGCUGCCAUGGAGUGGUCAUGA